AUGCUGCACUUGAAGCCAAACAACCUACUAAUCCAGAAGACAUUUAGCGAAGCCCUGGAGGCCAAUGCAAACGGUGCUCCUCUGUCCCUAGAUCGUAUCAUCUCGGAUUUCGACUAUACCACUUUCCAUGUCUCCAAUUCACCAGAUGAUAAGUCUGUACUUUGGCUAAGUAUCAAGACGAAGGCCUGGCAAAGUGUCACUCAAUGUGACCAAGGAAAGAACGGUCUUUUGCCUUUUUUGGCCUCUAAAUAUCAAUCCGCCAAGGGGAUCAGUAUCCCACAAUCUUUCGAGAACGGGUACGACUACACUUUACAGGCGGAUUUGAAGACCAUUGAUCAAGAUACUAUCAAUCAGUUAUCCCUACUAAAAAUCUUUGUCAUGAAUUACCCUUUCCAAUUGGCAUUCAACGAAUUCGUCGAAUUGAGUAACAUGCCUGUUCUCGAAGAACCAACUGGAUCUUCCACUUCAUCCUCCAAGAAUCUUUACACCAUUGAAUACAGAGAUGAGGAAAACAUCUUCAUCAGACCAUCCAACGAUAGAAUCACCGUUAUCUUCGAGACCGUAUUCCAAGAUGAAACUGAUAAAGUCCUAGGGAAAGUUUUUCUUCAAGAAUUCGUCGAUGCAAGAAAGAGAAAUCGUGACAUUCAAUCUGCCCCACAAGUGUUAUUCUCUCACGAACCACCUUUGGAAUUACAAUCACAUUUAAGGAAAGCAGCAAAUAACACAGACUUGAGUAGAAGGUUUAUCACGUUUGUUUUGUUCCCUCGUCAUUUCCAAACCCCUGAGUUGCAAUUCUCCACUGUGUGUCAAUUGACUUUGUUUAGAAAUUACUUCCAUUAUCAUAUCAAAUGUUCUAAAGCCUACAUGCAUUCAAGAAUGAGAUAUAGAGUGGGUUCCUUCAUCAAGGUCUUGAACAGAGCCAAAGUGGAUGAAGACGAAUCGGAAACAGCCGGCGCAGAAGGAACUAAGGAACCAGUUCAGAGAAGAACUUUUACCGGUAGAAAGAUGGUGUAUUAG